AUGGAUACGAUCAAAGUGAUGGGCGAGUUUGUUAGAGAACGAUCACCAUUUUCGCUGGACACAUGGUUCGGACGUCCGAAGAAGAGUGGGGGCCAGAUCGAGCGUGGGUACGACACUGUACCACGCGCCGAGCCACGCGCCGAAGAUGACGAACCCUCGGCAACCGCCGAGUAUACCACCAAGAUAGAUGCCUUGGAUGAUGCGCAGCUAUUCCGGCGGUUUGAGGAGAUGUUGGCGGACAUGAAUCUCAACGAAGAAAAGAAAGAGCCGUUAAGAAAAUAUCCUCGGGACCAGAAGAAGAAGAUGCUGGUAGCUUACAAAUUUGUCAAUACACAGGAAGGCCGAUCGAAAUUCGAAAGGCCAUCAGACUACGUAGCAUACCUUAAUCAACCAGAAUUAUCAGUCGGCAAAAUGCAUGGGUGCUUGGAGAAUCUUAGGAUAUCUUUGACAAACAAUCCUUUGUCCUGGAUUGAGGAUUUCGGUACCAAGGGUAUUGAGAGCUUGCUGACUACGCUCAAUCAAUGUUACACCAAUGAUUCCCGUUACGAUCGCGUGCAAUACGAAUGCAUUCGCUGUUUAUCAGCGAUCCUGAACAAUACCGUGGGCAUCCGAACCAUGUUCGAGUGCCGAGAGGCGCUUCCUGUUCUAGCCAGGAGCUUGGACGCGAGGAAACCACAUUGUGCUCUUGAAGCCUCCAAGGUACUAGCAGCAAUAUGUUUGAUACCGAAUGGACACGAGAAGGUUCUGGAAGCCAUCACAAUGGCAGGAGAGUCAAGUCGGAAACCUCGCCUAUUGCCAAUCAUCGAGUGUUUAGAGUUAAAGACUCCAGAAAGUUUAAAAACAGGCUGUAUGCAACUGAUGAAUGCGAUUAUCACAGAGCCAGAGGAAUUGGAAUUCAGGAUGCAUUUACGUAGCGAGUUUAUGAGAACGGGGCUUUAUGAUCUUAUAGACGAGCUUCGCGCUGGUGCGGAGGGAGCUCGGCAGAUCCAGAUGACAGUAUUCGACAACCAUGCUGCCGCCGACCAAGACGAGUUCCUCGCUAAGUUCGACGAUGUCAGAGUGGACUUCCACGAUGUGAAUGAAUGCUUCGAGCUGGUGAAGAAUUUAGUGAUGGACACGCCAGCGGAACCGUACUUACUGUCAAUAUUACAACACAUGCUCUUCAUCAGAGAUGAUGAACUUAUAAGGCCAGCGUACUACAAGCUGAUAGAAGAAUGCAUAACCCAGAUAGUAUUACACAAGAACGGGUACGACCCGGACUUCAGACUCACGCAGAGGUUCAACAUAGAUGUGCAGCCUCUCAUAGAUGGACUAAUAGAAAAAUCAAGAGCAGAAGAAGAGAAGAAAAUAGAAGAUUUAAGAAGUAAGUUGGAAGCGGCGAUAUCAGCGCGACAAGAGGCCGAGGCCCGCGCCGCGCGUCUCGAGGAACGCCUCAAGAGCGGCGCCGCGCCCGCGCCCGCCGGCCUCACGCACGGGACCAUCGCCGCCAUCGCCAAGGCGAUAGGCAGCCCUGGUGGCCCUCCUCCUCCGCCACCGAUGCCUGGAGGGGCUGGUCCACCACCGCCGCCGCCGCCGCCAAUGCCCGGUCAAGGUUUUACUCCACCUCCACCGCCGCCUAUGCCUUCAACAGGCGGUGGUCCUCCACCUCCGCCCCCGCCGCCAAUGCCAGGUGGACCUCGCGGCCCUCCGCCUCCGCCCAUGCCGGGUGGUGCCGGUCCUCCGCCUCCGCCGCCUAUGAUGGGAGGACCGAGACCUCCACCUCCACCGGGAGGAUUCGCGCCUAGGAUGCCUCAACCAGAUGUAGUACUACCAUAUGGUCUAAAACCUAAAAAGAAGUGGGAACUCGAAGGACCAUUGAAACGUGCCAAUUGGAAGACGAUCGUGCCACAAAAAAUGUCGGAGAAAGCUUUCUGGGUCAAGGUGCAAGAGGACAAACUUGCUUCUCCGGACAUUCUUACAGGAUUAGCAGCGAAAUUCUCCAGUAAACCUGUCGCGAAGAAGAACGAGGACGCAGUUGACAAGGUCCACACGUUAAAGAAAGUGAAAGACCUCAAGGUGCUAGACAGCAAGGCGGCUCAGAACCUCUCGAUCCUGCUGGGAGGGUCUCUCAAACACAUGUCUUAUGAACAUAUCCGAACUUGCAUACUGAGGUGUGACACCACCGUGCUCACUGCAAACGUACUGGAUCUGCUCAUACAGUAUCUGCCUCCAGCCGACCAGCUAAAGAAACUGGCAGAGCUGAAGGUAAACAGCGAGGAGUUAACAGAAGCUGAACAGUUCAGCGCCACAGUGGCUGAUAUCAAGCGGCUCGUGCCACGGUUGAGGAGUUUGGCCUUCAGGGAGCAUUAUGCUGAAAUGAUAUCUGAAGUUAAACCGGAUAUCGUAUCUGGUACGGCGGCGUGCGAGGAAGUCAAGUCUAGUGAAAAAUUCGCCAAGAUUUUAGAACUGUUGUUGUUGUUGGGCAACUACAUGAACGCCGGCUCAAACAACGCUGGCGCUUACGGCUUCGAGAUCAGCUUUUUAACUAAGUUAACGGCAACGAAAGAUUUGGAAAACAAACAAACUCUACUACAUUAUCUAGUAGAAACGAUAGAGAACAAAUUCCCGGAAGUGUUGACAUUCGCUGAGGAAAUGCCCCACAUAGACAGAGCCGCCCGCGUCUCAUUGGAGAAUCUCCAGAAGGCUCUGAAGAAGAUGGAGAACGACAUCAAGUCUUUGGAGAUGGAUUUGAACAACUCACGCGUACAGCAGUGUCCAGACGACCUGUUCCACGAGUCUAUGAGUUCUUUUGCAAUAGAAGCCCGUGAACAGUGCGAUCUUCUUCACUCAAUGUUCCGGAAAAUGGACGCUCUGUACAACGAGCUGGCCGAGUAUUACGUCUUCGACCCUCACAAGUAUACGCUGGAAGAGUUUUUCUCAGAUAUCAAGACUUUCAAGGAUUCCUUCGUUGCGGCGCACGGCGAGGUGUCGGGCGCGCGCGAGGCCCGCGAGCGCGCGGCGCGUGCCCGCUCUGCGCGCGCGGCGGCCGAGCGCGAGCGGCGCGACCGCACGCACCGCUACCAGCAGCUGCUCGACAUACACCAGACGCAGGACGGCGUCAUGGACAGUCUGAUGGAAGCGUUGCAGAGCGGCUCCGCGUUCAGCAGAGAACGCCCUCGGAAGAAAGCUAACCCAAGAAUAGCUGGAGCUGAGAGAAGAGCACAGCUGAGUCGAUCGCGGUCCCGCUCGGGCUUGACGGGGCCGCUCACAGCACGAGAACUAACCAAUGAGUUGCUGAGCAACGCGUGA